AUGGCGGACUACAGACUUCCCAGCGACCAACCUUACAACUGUACGGAGAUCUAUGCCUGUCAACCAACACAACACAUUCGUUUGAAUCUGCACAAAAAGAACAUUAUCGUCCUUCUAAAUAACGUGCUCAAUGGACUGUCCGAAGUUACUUACCUUGAUCUGUCCGGAAAUAGCAUACAAGUGCUACCCCAUAACGUGUUCAAUGGACUGUCUAAAGUUACUGAACUCUAUCUGUCCGGAAAUAACAUACACAUCCUCCCUCAUAAUGUGUUCAAUGGACUGUCUAAACUUACCGUUCUCUCUCUGUCCAACAAUAGCAUACAAGUUCUCCCUCAUAACGUGUUCAAUGGACUGUCUAAACUUAACCAUCUCCGUCUGUCCAAAAAUAGCAUUCAAGUGCUCCACCAUAACGUGUUCAAUAGACUGUCUAAACUUACAGACCUUCAUCUGUUCGAAAAUAACAUACAGGUGCUACCCCAUAACGUGUUCAAUGGACUGUCUAAACUUACCGCUUUCUCUCUGUCCAACAAUAACAUACAAGUGCUACCCCAUAACGUGUUCAAUGGACUGUCUAAACUUAACUAUCUCCGUCUGUCUAAAAAUAGCAUACAAGUUCUCCCUCAUAGCGUGUUCAAUAGACUGUCUCAACUUAAGAACCUUGAUCUGUCCGAAAAUAACAUACAAGUGCUACCCCAUAACGUGUUCAAUGGACUGUCUAAACUUCCCGCUCUCUCUGUGUCCAACAAUAACAUACAAGUACUACCCCAUAACGUGUUCAAUGGACUGUCUAAACUUAACUAUCUCCUUCUGUCUAAAAAUAGCAUACAAGUUCUCCCUCAUAGCGUGUUCAAUAGACUGUCUCAACUUACGGACCUUGAUCUGUCCGAAAAUAACAUUCAAGUGCUACCCCAUAACGUGUUCAAUAGACUGGCUAAAGUUUGGAAGCUUGAUCUGUCUAAAAAUAGCAUUCAAGUGCUCCCCCAUAACGUGUUCAAUGGACUAUCUAAACUUAACUAUCUCCGUCUGUCUAAAAAUAGCAUUCAAGUGCUCCCCCAUAACGUGUUCAAUGGACUAUCUAAACUUAACUAUCUCCUUCUGUCUAAAAAUAGCAUUCAAGUGCUCCCCCAUAACGUGUUCAAUAGACUGUCUAAACUUACGAGCCUUGAUCUGUCCGAAAACAACAUACAAGUGAUCCCCUAUGACUUGUUCAGUGGUCUGCCAAAACUUUGGAACCUUGAUCUGUCCGAAAAUAACAUUCAAGUGCUCCCCCAUAACGUGUUUAAUAGACUCUCUAAACUUAUCUAUCUCUUUCUGGAUAAAAAUAACAUACAAGUACUCCCCCAUAACGUGUUCAAUGGACUGUCUAAAGUUACUGACCUCGAUCUGUCCAAAAAUAACAUACAAGUGCUCCCUCAUAACGUGUUCAAUGGACUGUCUCAACUUUCGAGUCUCUAUCUGUCCAAAAAUAGCAUUCAAGUGCUCACUCAUAACGUGUUCAAUGGAUUGUCUGAAGUUAACCGUCUCUGUCUGGCCGAAAAUAAGAUACAUGUACUCCCUCAUGACGUGUUUAAUGAACUGUCUGAACUUAUUGAACUUGAUCUGUCCGAAAAUAGUAUACAAGUGCUCCCUCAUAACGUGUUCAAUGGAGUGUAUUCAGGUAAGUACCUCAAUCUAUCUACAAAUACAAAUAUUAUUUUACUACAUAUGCAUAUCUAUGAACUCAUGUAUCUACCAUUCAAUGCUUUCUCUGAAAUUGUUGCAGAUGAUCAACAAUAUCUACACUCUAAUGAAUCAAGAGUCCCACCUGCUGCCGGACCAUCUAAGAUGUUUCAUCUAGAUUUGUCAAACAAUAAACUGACUUAUUUACCACGAUUACCAAGGAAUCUAUAUCGUUUAGAUAUCAUGGGUAAUCAUUUAAAAGUCUCAGAACAUAUGUUUGAGGGUUUAAAUAACUUACAUAGGUUAUACACCGAUGUUCCCUUCAUGUGUUGUGUUAAGCCAAGGUCAGUUGAAGACUGUUCGGAUAAACAAAAACCAGAAUGGGAAUGUCUGCUGCAACCUGAACGAUGUAAAUCAAAAGGUGAUGCGAUAUCCUCCUGUUUUGCCUUGAUUGGUUCGACAGUAUUAAGAGUUUGCCUUUGGAUAAUUGGAAUCUGUGCUUUAAUUGGUAACAUGGCCGUCAUAAUAUACAGACUGUUCAUCGACAUAGAUAAUAUUACAAAAAGUUACUCGCUCUUCACUCUGAAUUUAGCUGUUUCGGAUAUACUUAUGGGCAUCUACCUACUGAUAGGUGUUAUGGAUGCAUAUUAUGAAGGUGUGUAUGCAUGGAUGACCAGAAAAUGGAGAAACAGUAUUUUAUGUACAACAGCAGGUAUAUUAUCUAGUAUAUCCAGUGAGAUGUCGACGUUCAUCAUUCUCGUGGUGAUGGUAGACAGACUUAUUGUCAUCAUCUUCCCUCUGUCCCGUUUCUCCAAAAGGUCCAUCACAUGGAAACAUGCUGUAUUUGUCUCGCUGACAUUAUGGAUUGUUGCUGUCACACUUGCCAUCAUCCCUGUUGUUACUCUGCAGUCCUACUUCAAAGGAGAAUUCUAUUCUCAAUCAAGCGUUUGUCUGGCCUUGCCCCUUCAAGGAGAUACACGUCCAGGGACUGGAUAUUCCUUCGCGGUAUUUGUCUGCCUCAACAGCUUCGUAUUCUUUACUAUUGUAGUAUGUCAAAUUUGUAUUUGCAAAAGUUUGAGGAGAUCUGGUCGCCGCAUUUCUUCUUCACAGAAUCGCCAAAGUGAGAUCACUGUAGCAACGACCCUGUUCUUCGUGGUGGCGACAGACUUUUGUUGCUGGUUUCCUAUUGGUGUCAUGGGUGUCGUAUCACGAUGUGGAAAUGAAAUACCAGACUGGGUGUAUGCCUGGGUGAUGGUGUUCGUGCUACCUAUCAAUGCUGCCAUCAAUCCGUUUCUCUACACCAUUACAGCUAUUUGGAGAAGGAGACCGAAGAAACCAACGCAGGCGAUGAGGUCGAUAAUUCCACGACUUCUGCCCUCCUGCAUUACUUGUACAAGGACCACUAGUGGAGAAUAAAACAACAUUAUAGGUCAAACUGUGUCCAUCGGUGGUCAGACAGCGUCAAUCAGGGGUCAAACACCGUCAUCAGACAGUUUCCAUCAGUGGCCAGACACCGUCCGUCAACGGUCACACAGCAUCCAUGUUGAUUUGAAUAACACGAGAUCGGAUGUAAACUUUCAGCAUCUGAAACAAAGCUGAAAAUGCAACAAUAAAAGUCACCGCACGGACAAUAUUUUUUGGAAAAAAUUGUACUUUAAUAUUGACCUUGAAGUCAAGCUCAAAUGAUCCAAAGACUGGACACUGCUCUUUGUUAUCUAGUGUAUGGAAAAGGUAUACAUACACUUUUAUUAAAACAGCAAUUUCAUGUUAGAUCUUUUCGAUUUAGCUGUUUGAUAUGAACACACAUAUAUAUAUAUGUUACUUUUCAUAUUCCGUGUAUACUUUUCGGUGUGUCAUGUGAUCAAUAAGUGGCAUAAUAGGUACAUUAAAGUACCACCAGGAAUGGACUAUCUCGUUUAUCGAACGGACAUGUGUAACCAUUUGAUCGGGUCUAGUGUCCUCACUGUAAAGUGAUUUUUUGUGUGUUUUCCCAAUUUUGGAUUAGAUGAGUACAUAUAAAUUAUAUAUGCAUUGUGUAUGGCAAAUUUGUGUGAUUCACCUUUUUUCGAUACAUUGUUGUUUUUAUUUAUUUAUUUAUUUUCUGCUUUUAACAUGAUCUUUUGUUUUUUAAAGAAUGUAAAAAGAAAACUUGAAUGAGUAGCAAUCUUGUUAUGGUAAAUUAUAUUUGAAUUUUUCCUUCCUUAGGUUUGAAAUUCCGGAUAAUUUACAUCACGAUUAAGUUCCCUAUAUACGUUAACAGUAUCUGCAAUAGCUGAGCCAGGGGAAAUAUUUAGUAACAUACCUGAACUUUUCUUUUGGAACUACAAUGACCCGAAAGUUUAAAUGCGCUCUGAAGCUUGUAUUACUAUGUACAACUAUACCUGACUGUGUGGCUAAUGAUAUGUUUUGUGAUUCUUAUCUUCUAUCCUCGUUUCUCUGGACUAUAUCUGGGCUAGAGACCAUCCUUUUGAUAGUUUUUUUUUACAGUAUAAGAUGGAAUGUGUAUCGAUUAUUUUGGCAAACUUCCAGGGGCUCAAGGAUACACUGAAAAGAAAUGAUGUCUUCUCUUAUUUGAAGGCUAAAAAUUGAAGUAAAUAUUGUUUGCAAGACACCCAUUUUAUGGCGGAAUAUCGAAACAUUAACAGAAGGUAAUUGGGUUUUGAUUGCUACUUUUAGUUCGUUUAAAUCUAAUACAGGAGUAGUUGCAAUUUUAUUUAACAUUAAUUUUGAAAUUAAGGUUGAUAACGGAGAAAAGGAUUUGUCUGGACAUUUUUUACCUUUUGAUAUUGUACCGGAUUGAUAUGAAAUGACAUAAAUUAUACCUUAUGGGCCAGAUUUUGACACUCCUACGUUUUAAUGAUACUGUAAAAGGUGAGGAGAUCUAGGAAC